CUUUGCUCUCGUACACUGACCGUGGCCGUACCCAGCGGUUCCAUUGCGACUAAGCGAACUCUCGGCUACGCUCGCUUGCUGUGUUCACUGCUCACCUCGCCACCGGCAAGCCUGGGUCGGCAGUUUUCUCCAGUCUUCGCUAGUUUCAGCCGCUGCGCAGCAUCGGAUUUAGUGCUUCUUGCAGCGGGCUGCGACAACAAGGCAGCGCUCCUUCAAACCUGUGCUACACCCUCUUUGCUCUCGAUUUUAUCUUUGCGAUCUGCGCUGGGCUCAUAUUCAAGCGUCUUGUUCGACCCACAUCCCCCUUGACGACGAACACUUUGUUAUUCAGCCACUCUCCGCUCAGGUCGAUUACAAGAUACUCGUUGAUUAGCCGCAGUAAAUGGUGAACUCAACGUUAUGCCCAUCCGACAACAGCGAGACGGUGGAGCAGGAUAGUUUCUGGAGCAACAAUGGCAUCGAUUGGGAUGCGCACCGAGUAGGCUGGCUCAUUGCUGGCGUCUGUGCAGUGGUUACGGUUCUGCUCACCGUGAUCAACGUGCUGCAACAUGCUAGACAUUAUACCAAUCCUGGGGAGCAGCGUCAGAUCCUCCGGGUCCUGUACAUGCCUGCUGUGUAUGCUGUGAUAUCCUUCUUCUCGUACCGAUACUUCCGAAGCUACACAUACUACUCGCUCAUUGAAUCUGCGUAUGAGUCCGUAACCCUUAGCGCCUUCCUACUCCUACUCAUUGAGUACGUUGCUGCAACGACGAAAGACCACAAUGUCGACAACGCAAUAUCAAGUAAGGAGAAGAAAAAACUGCCUCUUCCGUUUUGUUGCUUGAGAUACAGACCGACCAAGGCCUACUUCAUGUAUACCCUCAAGUGGUCUGUUCUCCAAUAUGUGAUCAUUAGGCCGCUAAUAUCGAUUGUCGGCAUCAUCUGUCAAGCAGAGGGUGUCCUAUGCGAAUCUGGAUCUUGGAGUUUCAAGACUGCGAAUGCGUAUCUCGAGGUGGUUGAUGGCGUCAGUAUAACCAUCGCUCUGUACGGCCUUAUCAUCUUCUAUGCUCUCACGAAAGAAGAGUUGCAAGGCAAACGGCCGCUCUCGAAGUUCCUUUCCAUCAAACUCAUUGUCAUGUUCACGUUCUAUCAAGGUCUGGUUUUCGAUGCACUCGAAGGGAGAGUCAUCCAUGCAACGGAAUACUGGACGGAGACGAACAUCGCGGACGGUCUGAACGCCCUAGCCACUUGUAUUGAAAUGGUGUUCUUCUCGGGCUUCAUGUUGUGGUCAUUUUCCGCAUCUGAAUACAAGCAGUCGGGUGUGACCACGAGAAUUUGGCGGCCACUCUGGGAUAGCAUCAACUACAGCGACUUCGGUGUCGAGAUCGUCGGCUCGCUCAAGUUCUUCUGGGACUACAUGCGGCACAAGCCGUACACGCGCGGCCCGCGCGUCACCACGGUCGACGCGGACGGCAAGCCGUUCACACGGAUGAACUUCGAUGAGGCGUUUGGCGUCGCUGCGAACGGCCGCCCGUACACGUCGUACGGAGCUGACGUGGACCUGAGCGACGAGAAUAUUCGCUUGGCGCCGUAUUCGUAUGGAAGUCCCGAACAGGCGGUGGCGAUCAAGGCUGAUGGAAUAGAGUCAAGCGAGGGUUUGGUGGAGCCUAGGCCUCUUGACUUGCCGGGGAGGAAAUCGUCACGGUCACCAACACUCCGGUGAAGCAUCGAGUGUGGCAUGUCUGUUCGGAAUAUGUUUGGAUAGUCGACACCCAUGUGGGUCCACCGCGGGACUGUGUCUUGAUCUGG